AUGCAAUUCGUCUCCGUUCUCCUUAUGGCUGCCUCGGCUCUCGCUGCUUCCACCGGCGUUACUGAGUCCACAACCGAAACUUCCGUUGUCGCCGUGACAGUCACCUCUUGUGACGCUUCUGUGUCCGACUGCCCAGCUAAGAAUGGCACUUCCUCGGUCUCCACCUACGAGGCUGCCGCUGCAAACCAGGCUUCCUUCUUUGCUGCUGGUGCUGCUGCUCUUGCCGCUGGUGCUCUCCUCCUCUGA